AUGUCUUACCAAAAGCCCGAGAAGGAGUUCGGCGAGGGCCCAAAAACCCACAAGAUCCGUAUCACCUUGACCAGCCGCAACGUGCAGUCUCUCGAGAAGGUCUGCACUGAACUCAUUGACCGCGCAAAGACCAAGGAUCUCCGUGUCAAGGGCCCCGUCCGUCUCCCAACCAAGACCUUGAAGGUCACCACCCGAAAGACCCCCUGUGGUGAGGGUUCCAAGACCUGGGAUACCUUUGAGAUGAGAAUCCACAAGCGCCUCAUCGAUCUCAAUGCCCCUACUGAGGUUGUCAAGCAAAUCAUCAUCAACAUCGAGGCCGGUGUCGAGGUCGAGGUCACCAUCGCUGCUUAA